CAAACAAACACACGCGCGUAUCUCGACAAGAGAACACUAAAUACCGACAGUAGCAGCUGAAUGUGUCCCAGUACCUCCAGUUAGUACAAGAAAAAGAAGAAGAAGAAUAAGAAGAAGAACUAGUGGAAAUGUUGUGAUUUUAUCCUCUUGCCAUUAGAAGAAGAAUUUUAGAAUCCGGAAGAAGAAGAAAGGUGAAUCGUUAAGCGUAAUUUUAACGAGUGUGAUUGUAAAUUAUUUAUUUAAUCCGUCCCGUUUGUGUGUACGUGUAAGCGUUGGACGUUGGCCAGUGUUUUUGUGUCCGUCCUGGUUCAGGAGGCAGGGAAGAUUCGAUGUGACUGUAUUGCGCUUUUCCCCGCCUCCAGCUGCCGUCCGCCGCCCGUUGUUCGAUUGAUACAACCGCACGCUGGUCCGUGAUAGAAAGCUCAGAGUCAGAUUGGGUAGUGACGAUGUCGUCAGCGAUGCCCGUGGUUUGGUGCACGGAUCCCAACUCGUCGGGAAAGAGGCAACCGUUUGCUCUGCAAGGGAUCCAACUGCAGGGCAACAUCACCGAGAAACAUGUGCUGGCCAUGAAGGAGCUGAUCAGUGCCGCCUCCGAAGGUCGUUUACUCCUGCCCAGCGAUGGUGCCAUUGUCCUGUUGGAUUGUGGUCUGAGCAUCGGGUCGAUGGUAAUCGAGGGCAAGGCCGGGAAAGAGGUAGCCGCGUCCCUGGCUGCGUCCGGUAAUCAUAAAUCAAUUCUCCCGGCAGUGCCGGAGGUUGCAGUGUUCUGCGAUGUGAAGGAAGAGCAUAUCCAUAAUGCUAAUAAUGGAAGUGAUGGUAGUAAUAGAAUCGUCAAUAGGUGUGAAGGUGACGAUGGGGAAGGGGGGGCUCGGGAGCAAGCAUUCGUCACCGCGUUGGUAGAAGAUGAGUGCAAACCUCUGGAUAUGUACGGUUGCGGCGGGGGAGCGGAAAACGGAGAAUUUCUGUACGAGUUUCUCUGCUGUGCCAAAUGUAUGAACGAUCCAGCGUCCAGUUGUUUCAAUCCACCCAGUCAUCGUAGUCGUAGUUUAAAUUCGCUCAACAACAAAUCACAGCUGUUGUCUCGGUUCCUUAAUGGCCGCGCCAAGGCCCGCCUGUACUGUGAUCCCCUGUACAACAUCUCCAAUCGGUAUUUCAAACGGCUGGUCAAUCAUAAGGGCAGCAAGUCCCGAUCGGACUCCCGUCGGAAUGUGGUCCGCAAAAGCUCGAUUCGAAGUGAUCGAUCGUCUGGCGGCAAGAUCGUCAAGAAGAGCUCCGAAAACAUCCCGAUCUACGCCACGGUCAAUAAAAAGAUGAAGCUCCGAACGCGGUUGGAGGCCCUCCGGAGGCAGAACAUCGACGCCGGCACGUUAGCAUUACAAAUUGCACUCGACAAGCAACAACUGAUCAAAAGCAGAUCGAAUCCGACGAUGACAGCAGCAGCAGCAGCAGGCCUAACAUCAUCGGAAAUUAAUAAUCAAUCAUCUUCAUCAUCGUCGUUCCCGGUCCUCGGUCUGCUGCCGCCAUUAUCCCCCGGGAAGCCAUAUCAUAGUUCCAGCAGGAAAACUAGUUUCGAUUCGACGUGCACCGUGAGUUCAAUGGAUUCGGGUUUUAUCGAUCAACAGCAGCGACAACAGUUGAAGCAACUCCAGCAGCAGCUCCAACAACAGAAGAAAGGCAAGAGCAAGGAAAUGCCUAACUGCCCUAGCGAGCCGAUAACUGUUAAAUCGAGUCCGGGCCCGGCGGAGAAAGAGUGCUCGAAAAAACUAGAAGAACUACCUUCCACUAAUGAUGACGACGGCGACGACGACCACGACGACGCGGAUGGCGAUGUUGUUGCUAGCGAUGAAGAUCGCCUUAAUGAGUUAUCCCAGCUGCAGAUAAAAGAUUGCCUGGUGACGCAAUCGCGGAACCGUAGAAAAUCAUACGAAGAAUUCAAAUCGCUGUUCCGGCAACAGCAGCAGCAGCAAACCGAAUGCCGUAGCCGUUUGGCCGUGGUCAACGAAAAAGACCCCCAGGCUUCUGGCACCGUGGCCACCGCCGCCCAUGCCAACAACAACACUAGCAGUAGUAACGAUAGCAUAAAAACUCGACGCAAGUCCUACGAAGAAUUCAAAGCUUCAGUCAAAAUUUGUGAUAGUAGCGUUAGUAAUUUAAAGCCUACGUCCGAGGAGGAGGAAACGACGGAAGAGGACCCCCAUCAUCAUACGGCCCUCUCCGGGGUCAGCGGGCUGUUCAAGAUGAAGCGCAAAAACUCGCGACGUCUCAGUCUCAAGAAGCUGAAAAUGCACGACAAAGCCGACCCACAGACUGCGGCGGGCGAUAAGUCCGCCCCACCCACAGUGAUUAGCAAUAGCGUUAGUAAGAUUAGCGAAGAAAGUAGUCACGUUAAGAAUAGUACAAUCUAUGAUAUUCUACGAACUAAGAACAAACCCGACGAGCACAGGGACUCGGUAGUGUCCCUGGGCAAGGAACUGGCACCAUUUCUAAAGGAGGAAAUCUACCGCAAAAACUACAAAAUCUACGAUAAACUCAUCUCGUACGGUAGCAAAGCUUAUAAAAAGUACGACAAAUACAUGACCUACGGCACGAUAUACGAGAUUCUGCAUCGAAAGUCCGACGCAGCCGAAGACGUCUUCCUACGCAAGCGAGCUCUUUCGGAGAAGUUCGCCAAACGCAAACUCAGCGUCAGUUCACACUACAGUUCGCUGAAAUUCGGCACCAUCUACGAUAUUCUACAGAGCAGAGUUCACUGCAACGCUGCCCUACCAGCCGAAGCCGAACCCAGUGAUAAACCGUGCAACAAACCUACCCUAGAACCGGAACCGCCAACCACCAAUAACACCCUCUCCACCAUCUACGAUAUCAUCCACAAGAAAGCCGAUUCGCCCAAACAGCAAACCAAGAAUCGCUUCCUCGUCAAGAAAAUCACCGAAGAGGAACUCCACAAGGGCAACGAAAACAAUCGCAACGAACUCAACACCCCCGCCGCCAACAAUCCUCAAGAAUCUCCCAUCAAGCCACCACCCUCCCCGGACUAUACCACCCCCAAACCGGUCGAUGCGUCCAAAAAGCCCACCCGAACCCGUCGCUUCUCCAACAUACUGUCCUACAGUCCCCGCCAUUUGCCCACUACCGAACCCCCUCCGGCGGACUCGGCCAAACUGGCCUCCAACGGAUCUCGCCUGAAGAAGAUCGCUGCCAGCGAUGAAGACCUCUACAAACGAGAUAGCUCCAAGCACCAUCAUCACCACCACCAUCACCAUCAUCACCAUCACCACCAUCAACACGUCAAAGAGCCCCUUCCAAAAAUGACAAUCCCCAGCGAGGACGAGCUGUACUCCCGCAUCGGCAGGCUUCGCAAAUCCGCCACCGAUAGCAGUGCCCUGUGCUCCAAGAUCGACGAAGUACCGAAGCUCGUAUUCCCGGUGGUGGACCUUCGACCUUCGAAAAGUCGACACGAUCGACUGAUGGUGCCCCGACCGGGUGCGAUCUUCAAGUCCAACUCGCUGGAUAUGCUAGCGCCGACCAAGUUUGCGCGCAAUCCCCGCUGGAUCAAGCAGACUGCAGCAGCUGCGGCUGGUGGUCCGGUGCGAAAGUUGAGUCCGCUGGUGCUGCCGCGGAAGACUUCCGGUGGAUCGCCCGCGGCCGGUACGAGCCAACAGCAGCCGAAGAAGAGCACCCGACGGCUGUCGGAGUUCACCCGAGGCGAGUUCCUGAAUGAGAAAUCAUGGUACUUCCGAAAGAUCAAGAGAAUAGAGGCAGAGAAAAAGUUGUUGCUGCCGGAAAACGAGCACGGUGCAUUCUUGAUUCGCGACUCGGAAAGCCGCCACAAUGACUACUCACUGUCGGUGCGCGAUGGCGAUACGGUGAAACACUACAGGAUCCGACAGCUGGACGAGGGUGGCUUCUUCAUUGCCAGGCGAACUACCUUCCGAACGCUGCAGGAACUGGUCGAACACUACAGUAAGGACUCUGACGGGCUGUGCGUGAAUCUCUGCAAACCAUGUGUUCAGAUUGAAAAACCGGUCACCGAUGGACUGUCGCACCGCACCAGAGACCAGUGGGAAAUCGACCGGACGUCACUCAAGUUUGUGCGCAAGUUGGGCUCCGGCCAGUUUGGCGAUGUUUGGGAAGGACUGUGGAACAACACGACGCCGGUUGCCAUCAAAACGCUCAAGUCUGGCACCAUGGACCCGAAAGAUUUCCUCGCCGAGGCCCAGAUCAUGAAGAAACUUCGACACAACAAGCUGAUCCAGCUGUACGCCGUGUGCACCCUCGAGGAACCGAUCUACAUCAUCACUGAACUGAUGAAGCAUGGCUCCUUGCUAGAAUUCUUACAAGGCAAAGGAAGAAACCUGAAGCUCCCCCAGUUGAUUGACAUGGCAGCGCAGAUCGCCGCCGGUAUGGCUUACCUGGAAUCACAGAACUACAUCCAUCGAGAUUUGGCCGCCCGCAACGUUCUGGUCGGGGAUAGCAACAUCGUCAAGAUUGCCGAUUUCGGCUUAGCAAGAUUGAUCAAAGAAGACGAGUACGAAGCUCGAGUAGGAGCUCGGUUCCCAAUUAAGUGGACGGCACCGGAGGCAGCCAAUUACAGCAAAUUCUCGAUCAAAUCGGACGUAUGGAGUUUCGGUAUCCUCUUGACAGAGUUGGUCACGUACGGUAGAAUACCGUAUCCAGGUAUGACAAACGCCGAAGUCCUGAACCAGGUCGAGCACGGCUACCGAAUGCCACAACCGCCGAACUGCAAUGUAGCCCUGUACGAGAUUAUGCUUGAAUGCUGGAACAAAGAUCCGAUGCGACGGCCUACCUUCGAGACGCUGCAGUGGAAGCUGGAAGACUUCUUCACCAUGGACCCCAGUGAAUACAAAGAGGCGGCACCGUUCUGAUAAAUGGCGGAUAAAUGUGAAAAUGCCGUCGUCGCUACCAUCACCACCACCACCACCGUUGAUACUACUGCUUCUAGUACCGCUAAUGCUGCUGCUUCAACAACUACACCUACUACUACUACUGCAACUGCUAUAUCUGCUUCAAUCGCCGCCGGUGUCAAUGCUCGCCGGCCAAGGCCGCAGCCGCAGAAACGUGAGGUAUUGCUAUUUAUUUAAAAGUCUCUGUCCCCCCCUCUAAUUGUUCUAGUACUGCAAUUUUCCGACGGUAAUCAAAGUGCAAGGAAAAAAACAAAAUAGUCGCAAUUUUGCUCCCCCCAAUAGAUUUACGCAAAAGUACGGCGUAUGAUUGACUUAGGUUGUGCCCCUAGUUUAUUUUCGCGAUUGCGAGUUAGAGAAAUAGUAACACAGACCAGCACUAGAAUUACAAGUACGGAAUUCUAAUACUAUCGACUAUUACUACAAUACACCCAUACAAACACACAUUCGCUAAUUUAAAUUCACCCAUUAAGCCAAAUAAGUCAACCGUCUGAGUGCGCGUUCCCAUGCAGUCUGAUUUUCCAGCGAGGUUCCUUCGCUUGGACCACGACUACGACAGGUUGCGAAGAUCGGCCUAAAUGUGUGAAAACAUCACUCUACUUCUACUCAAUAAUUGUUCAUUCCUGUUUACCGAACGAAAAAGAAGAACACAAGAAAGUACACUAAAACGAAUCGGAAACAAUCAAUAAGUUUAAGAUGAUGCGUUUAAAGGCUAGAAAUCGAACGUUGCGUUAGUGAAUUAUAAAUUGUUUACAGACUUUAGACGAAAAGAACAAUAACAACCGAACAGUAAACACACAAGAACGGGAAAUCGACAAAUGUGUUCUUUUUAUUAUUCUUAGCCGGCGACAGCUGAUCCAACUAUUCUAUUACAAACAUUGUGUAUUUUCGUUAGGUUCUAGUACUGCAGAAAACGGAAGUUUAUAUCCUCGGAUAGUAAUUUAUACGAAGCGGUAUUAUUACAAUAUAAUGAUGAUUGUAUGAGAAUUGUUCGUAUUUGAAUUUGCAUGAUAGGUUUCCUUCGCUGAUGAAACCACAUACAAAGUGAGAUCCUUUCCAGUUAGAAACUAGGCAAAUAUACACAACUCACCCUCUCACGUCCUAGUUGAGGCGAAAUCCAAUCAUAGGUUUUACUUUCCCAUCCCAGUAGGCAACCAUUUUGUCCGGCAUACUUGACAUUUUCAGUACGCACAUAGACUACUAGAUUUCGUUUAUUUCAUUUUGGCUCUUGCUGUGACUUCUUCGAACACUUUUUUUCCCGCACAAUGAUAUUUAUGGUGAUAAAAUCCCAAUCAUUCAAAAAUGCGCAUUUCUUUUCAGCAUUUUGUCUUUCCUGUCCAAUAUUCCUAACCUCAAUUUGACGAAACAAGCGGUAAAAAUCUCACUAAAAUUGUAAAUACAUAAAAUUGAACAUUAAGCCAACAGAUAAAGUUUGAAACAAUGAAUUAAAUUUUUAAUGUGUAAAGAAAGGGAUAUAAAGAAGACAACUCAAUGAAGCGGGAACUUUCUCGGGAGAAAAAAGAAAUGAUAUAAACACAUACAAAAAAAAAGCUAAAACUUUGCUACCUAACUAAGUGAGACAAAGUAGACACAGAGAUAGAUCUAUCUUCGAAUCGUUGAGACAACCGCAAAAUAACUACACUAUAAUGGUGUCCCUUUCACACUCCUGCCCCUGAUAACGCACCAUGGUGACAGACACUGAAGGAAAUCGUCCCUUCCUUUUAAGCAUAUAUGUGUGUGCGUCGUUGUCUCUUCGAUGCCUCUUCUCGUUUCGGCACCACCCGUCUCAGUUAAGGAAUGACCCUUUACUAGAGAGAACAGAAAAAGCUACGUUUAGUUUUUUUUUUAAUUAUAUUAGGCAAUUAGACUGAAACAAAUGGUCACACACUUUAGGCUGUGUUCCAUUUGAUGAAUUUUCACUUAAAAAUUGCCGAAAAUCCCUCUAUUGUUGAUGGAUCGAUUUUCGAGUAGCUGUUUGUUAAAAUUCAUUUCUCGUCCAUCAGGAACAAGUCUGGUGGAAUAGCAGGGUUAUUUGAAAAUUUUACAUCUGUCAAAUUUAAGUGAAAAUUCACCAAAUGGAUAGCUAGCAAGCCCUAAUUCAUUUCCGUUUUAUUUUUCUGAAUCAUAGUUGUUCCCAUUUGCAAUGUUUUUUUUUUAAGGUUAUGUUGUGAGCAGUGCUUGAUGUGUCCUUACAACGUUCGUGUAUGUUAUUGCUAAUUAUUCUUGUCAUCACAUUUUGCAUCCAUUUUUUUUACGUUUCAACUUGUUCUAAUUUGUUCAUCUCGUUAGACUAUGCACACUGAUCACAAACGUUUUCUCAAUGUAAAUGUACCGACAUCUGUUCGCAAGUUCAUAACUCGUUUGCAAUUGCAAAGCUGCACCAAACCGCUUCCGGAAGCUUCAUGGUGUGGUUGGAACUAUCAGCGUUGUUUAAUACAAAAUUAAAUAAGAAUUUUGCAAUCUUCUUCUGAAUGUUUGAAAUCGACAAGAUCGACCAGCAACCCCGAUUAGUAGUAAUAGGACCUUUUCGAUAUUUGAAACCCGAAAUUCCGCGAGCCCUGAUACAUCUCAAAACCGACACGCGUAGAUAGCGAUAUGUCGAAUUGAGAUUGAGACAAAAAGAAAACCUUUAUUAGAUAUCUUUAACCGAUCAUCAACACAACAUACGUUAUACACUGAAAAAAAAACAUGAAACUAGAUGCUCACACGUGUUAACAGACCGAUUUUCAUUCUUAACAAGUUUCAUAUAUCAAUGUGCUUGCGUAUUGACAUACACACAAACACAGACAAAAAGGAUUAAAUUUGAGAGGCAAGCAAGAAGACACGAAAAAAAAGUUGGGCAACGCAAGCAACAAAUAAGUGAGUUAUUACUGAGAAAUGAACGA